GCUCAGCCUUCUUUCUCCUGUUAUUAUAAGAGCUUAUCCUUCUGCAGAUGUUCGAUAACUAUUCAUUGUGUCUGUCUGCAUCUCUUACAUGUUCUUUUAUUUCUUUUAUUUUUAAGAUUUCCCCGGAAAUCUGGAAUCAGGGUUGUAAUAGUUGAAAUACACUGUGCCCUCUAGCGGUACCUUUUACCUUUGCUUUAGGCUGCAGUCACAGCCUUUUCUCCUUCCAGCUCUGCUUGUUUGAGCCUAAGGAGUCAGAUUAGUGUCUGUUUAAACUACUUUAAUCCUCCGGAUUUUUUUUUCAAUAUAUUUAUUUAACGUGAGAAGAAAUGCUUGCAUUCGCUGGUGUACCUGGGAGUUUAGCACUUAUGGUAGUGAGCUCACAUCACUGAUAGUCAGGGCUCUUUAUAACCGCAAUGUAGAUAAGCGUUUAGUGUGGAGCCCCCGCCGCAUGAUGUGGGGAUGCUCUGGACGCUUUGAGCCGCCUUCCAGCUGUGUUUAACAUCAGCAGCUGCGUUCAGGUUAGAUCCAAGCACUGACAAGGACGUGCUUUUAUCUGUGGGGAGAGCAGCUGCAGAAACCUUCUCUUUGCUAAUCCAUUUUGCUAGUUACUAGGUUUGCUCUGUGUGCAUGUAAUACGACUGCGCUGCCGAGGGCACUGGGUGACGCAAAGCUGCUCUGAAACGUGAAGGUGCCGAGCAGGAGAGCCCUGAAGUGAACAAGGGAGUGUGAACUGAGGCAAUAGAGAGCUGAUUUCUUCUAGUACUGGCUCCUCGGGGUUUAUGGUUUAAAAGCUCUGUAUGCCUCUCAGGAAAGCAUCUGAAAAAGGGGGGAGAAUGGAGAAUGGCAUCCCUGCUUUUGGGUGACACCUGCAUGUGAUUUUAACACUUUCAUUCCUGGCACACUCAAGUCAAGCCUUUGCAAAGAUUUCCUGAUCCUGCGUCCUUCCUCAUUGGACAGGUACAGCCAAAACCACUUCAAUGCAGGCUUUGGGAUUUUUUUCAGCACUCUCAAGGAGUAUACAUGCCCUAAAUGCCUACAAUACAGAGGAAUACAACUACUUCUGAUGUGAUGUAUUUGCUUAGAGGAAGAACUCCUCAUUUAAGAUGGGUAAUAAGCAAACGAUAUUUACUGAUGAACAGCUAGAUGCCUACCAGGAUUGCACAUUCUUCACUCGGAAGGAAAUCCUUCGGUUGCAUGGCCGAUACCAUGAAAUGGCACCAAACGUUGUGCCUAUGGACUAUACAAGGGACCCAGAUGUUAAACUACCUAUGCAGCUUAUAAUAAACAUGCCUGAGCUAAAGGAGAAUCCCUUCAAGGAAAGGAUUGUGGAAUCUUUCUCAGAAGAUGGAGAGGGGAGCCUCAGCUUCAAUGACUUUGUGGAUAUGUUCUCUGUGCUCAGUGAAAUGGCUCCCAGAGAGCUUAAAGCAAUCUAUGCCUUCAAGAUCUAUGAUUUUAACACAGACAACUUCAUUUGUAAAGCAGACUUGGAAAAAACCCUCAAUAAGCUGACCCGAGAAGAGCUAACAGCAGAAGAAAUCACUCUGGUUUGCGAGAAAGUGAUAGAAGAAGCUGACAUGGAUGGUGAUGGGAAACUGGGAUUUGCAGACUUUGAAAACAUGAUUUCCAAAGCACCAGACUUCCUCAGUACUUUCCACAUAAGAAUCUGAUGAUGUUUCUGUGACCAGUGUUGUCAGAAAUGACUUGCCAGUCCAGCCUUUCCGAAUCUCAGGCACUCCGGGGGCUUUUGUCCUCUAAUUAUGGCUUCUUAGAACUCAGCAGAAAGUACUGAAAUCAUUCUGGUCCUCGAAGAGACAGAAGCAUCAUGUGAUCCACAGGAUAGUUGGAACAGUCACAUGUUUAUCUUCACUGCUGGCCAAGCACUGUGGAAAGGAUGGUUGGUUGUUGGGUUGUGGGUUGCCAUUUUUCCUGUCUUUUUUUAAACAGGCAGAUUCAGAAUAUUGUUAAAGGUGUUUCCACAUACUUUUUAUAUUUAUGAAUAUUUAAUACUGCUCUGAAAAGUGCAAAAAAUAAA